CCUGGUUCGACUUCAGGACCCCCACACGGCCACACCUAACCCCUCGCCGCCUAUAAAUACAAAACCCAACGAAGAAGUCAGAAAAUUGAAAAUAGUUCUCGACCGCCAAAAGACCCCCUUCUCUUCCUUUCUCGCCUUCGUUCCUACAGAAGAAACCUUCACAUUUUAAACCCUAGCUUAUGAAUCUCGUCUUCUGAAACUUCCUCAGAAGUUCCAUCUUCCCGAUCUCUCUUACAGAUUUCGUUUUCUCCUUUAAAUUCUCAGACGAAAUUCGACUUCAAGUAGUCCAAUUCCUUCUUCCCGCCGCUACAGAGGAAGAGAGAGAUCUGAUUUUUUUCUUUUUUUUGGAAGCUGAAGAUCCGGUGUUUUGGUUCUUGACCGUAGUUUCCUCUCGAUUGCCAGAAGAAAUUCCAAUUUAGGCAGAGCAUCACUGAGAAUUGAAUCUCUGCAAUUCAGUGGAAAGUCAAAUCGAAUGGUGAGCCUUUGCAGGGCCAAGGACAUGCCAUCGCCGGCGUCUUCUUCUACAGGUUUCUUCAAGCGUUUGGAAGGAUCGGAAAGAGUUGAAGGAGGGAAGUGCAGCUUAGCUGCUAACACAGAGGGAGAAGCUGUGAAGAAGCUAACGAUCGCUGUGAAAGAAGAAGAAGAAAAGGUAUGGAGUGAGGAGAGGUGUUGUACGCCAAAGGCGAAGGAAUGUAGGAUACAGGAAGUGCUGACGUGUCCACCGGCUCCAAGAAAACGUAGGACUUCCUAUUCUUCGCCGUUGGCCCUGCGCGUGAAGGAGACGGAGACAGAGACGGAGAUGGAGACAGAGUAUUUCUUCUCCCCUCCCAACCUGGAAUCCAUUUUCGCGCUUCACGAUGCGCACAAGGUCAAAUUCAAAAAUUAGAAACAAUAGAAAAUGUAGAAUAAAGCUUUCUGUAAUACCUCUAAUGAAUAUUUAUUUUUUUUAAUCUUUAUUAUUUAAUCUUGAAAGGAGUUUUUGUAGCUAUUUAGCAAUAGCAAGACAAGAAUUACUGUUAGUGUUUCUGAUGUCUCUGUUUAACUUAAAAGAGUUAAAACGCGCUUGACGCGUUAUUUUUUC